AUGGCCUCCGACACCGACCCCAGAACGAACCAGGCAGGCCUUCCCUCUGCCAACCCGACCUCUUCUUACUGGCUUCGUGAACCGAAUACCCUGCUUUUGGGACGUCGAUCAACACCAGAUCUGCCAGAGGAAGCAGACAUUGUGAUUAUCGGGAGUGGUAUAACCGGUGUCUUUGCCGCGAGGUCUCUUCUGCAGGAUUAUUCCUGUAACAAGAAGGUUGUGAUGCUCGAGGCCAGGGAGGCCUGUGGUGGUGCCACAGGAAGGAAUGGAGGCCACUGCCAGCCUCUCGUCUAUGGCACCAACCCAGCCGUUGCUGCUUUUGAGUUGGAAACUUUUUCUUUUCUUGAAAGAUUAGUAAGGGAUGAAAAGAUUGACUGUGACUGGAUAACCCUCUCCGGCGGCGUCCACGCCUUCAUGUCAACCCCCCUCUUCCAAACCGCUGUUGCUCAAAUCGACUCCCUCACCAAAAGCCACCCCUUUCUCGCCUCCCAGCUAGAAGUAAUCCUCCCAACCAACCCAUCCAAAUUAGUCCGCCUCAGAGCCCCCAACUGCCACGGCGCCAUCAUCCAAAAAACCGCCGCCUCCCUCUGGCCCUACAAACUAAUCGCCCACAUCCUCACCUCCCUCCUCCCCAACCCAAACUUCAACCUCCAAACCAACACCCCCGUCCUCUCCCUCUCCCCCUCCCCCUCCUCCCCCGGUAAACACCAAAUCCUCACCCCCCGCGGCACCCUCACCACCCCAAAAGUCCUCCUAGCAACAAACGGGUACACCUCCCACCUCCUCCCCUCCUUCUCCGACCUCAUCGUCCCCGUCCGCGGCCAGAUAAGCGCCAUCGUCCCCCCAUCCCCAGUCCAAACCCUCACCCACUCCUACCUCUUCGCCGCCGACCCCGAGAAGGGCCAACACGCACCGAGAGACGACUACCUCGUUCAGAGACCAGUGUUGAACCCCGACUCAGGAGGCGAGAUGAUCUACGGUGGAGGUCGUCGGUUGGCACUGCGGCUCGGACUGGGACAAUACAACGAUGAUGAGCUCGAGCUGAAAGUGGCUCACUAUCUGAGGUCGAACCUCUCUCCUCCGCUGGACUUGGGUGGAAAAGACGAAGAGUUACCCGCAACAUACGAGUGGACGGGCGUGAUGGGCUACUCUCGUGACUCUAAUGCCUGGGUGGGAGAGGUUCCCUCCCACAGGGGAAUAUGGGUGUGUGCUGGGUACACCGGGCAUGGCAUGCCAUCUGCUGCUCUCUCUGCCAGAGCUGUGGCGGCCCAGAUGCUGGGUUUGCCAGAAUCAGGACAAGGACAUGCAAGACUUCCCGAGGAAUUCAAGAUCACGGAAGAGAGGAUCAACAGAGCGAGACAAGGAGCCAAAUUAGAAGACUGUGGUGGCUGGGAGGGGGCUUAUUUCUCGGGUCCGGCUGAUGGCGAAUGACAAGGUCAUCGUGUUACACCCGUCACAUAAUCACCACUGCUGGCACAACCAAACUAUCAAUAUUAAACUCUGUUGUACUGUAUAACUCUCGGUCAAGCCGAAUACCUAGCCAACCUCCCGAGUCACGUACUAUCCAUGUUUGAUUCCUCUGCUGAUGUAGCUGGAUAAGUCAAACCGAAACGAAAAAGAAAAAGCAAAUUGCGCCAUCAGGACAUAAAGUCCAUAACCAUUCAAUGGAUAACAUGAUUUCCUGAAGCUCCCCCGGUAAAGCUACCUCUGAUUCUCCAAAGCAAACGGUAAAAUAACUCAUUCCUCGUCUAUAGAACACCGGGUUCAUGCUGAAAAAGAAGGAUCGUAGUUAUGUCUGUUUGCUGAGCUGAGAUGAUCGAAGUCAAUAUAAUAAGAUGGGGAACGGAAACGAAGGUUGCUAACUGUUGAAAAGAAUUGUCCUGAGCGAGCGAGCUUUCGAAAUGACAAGAAUCGUAUUCCGGAGCAAAUGGGCAUAUCCCUCUUUUCGUCCUCGUGUGC